AUGCCACCGCCGACUGGGGCAAAGCAGGCGGGAGGCGCGCCUCUGCCGGACUCCCUCGCUACCCCCCUGCUCACCCUAUCACGACGGCUCCUCCUCUCCCCCCGCACUUCCUGUGCAUGCAACUCCCAGGGCAUGUCUGGUGGCGCACUCAGCAGGCGGGAGGCGCGCGUCUGCCUGACUGCUGCGCUCCCCCCCUUCUCUUCUGUUCACCCCAAUCCCGCUUCCCCCCAUCUUCCCCCAUCCCCCUUCCCUUCCCGCAUCCUCCUUCCCUUUCCCCAUCCUCCUUCCUUUACCCCAUCCCCCUUCCCUUCCCGCAUUCCCCUUUCCCUUUCCCCACCCCCCUUCCCUUCCCCCAUCCCCCUUCUCUUCCCCCAUCCCCCUUCCCUUCCCCCAUCCCCCUUCCCUUCUCGCAUCCCCUUUCCCUAUCCCCGUCCGCCUUCCCUUUCCCCAUCCCCUUUUCCCUUCCCCACACCCUCCUUUCCCUUCCUGCGUCCCCCAUUCCCCCUAUCCCUCAUCCCUUCCACCUUUUUGCCCCGCUUUCACACACUAUGCCGCCAAUCAAUCACUUUCCCCCUUCCUCCCUGCCUUCUUUCUUUCCCCAUGCCAUGCCUCCCCUCGGGUUCCUCCCAUGGCUCCCCUCGGUUUCCUUUCGUCCCUCACCUCGCUUUCCUCCCAUGCCUCCCCUCGCUUUCCUCCCAUGCCUCGCCUCACCUCUGUUUCUCCACUUGUCUCCCCUUGGCUUCCCCCCUUUCCCCCCACCUGUUGAUGUGCUUCUUCGGGGAGGGGGGAGCAAUCACAGCACAAGGAACAUGGAGAAGGUUCUUGGAAGGGGAGGAGGAGACGGGGGAGGGGAGACAGGGAGGGAGGAGAGAGGGAAGGGGAGAGAGGGAAGGGGAGAGAGGGAAGGGGAGGGAAAAAACAGGUGUCAGCCGACCCGCCACCCUAUCUCUCCCCUUCCCUCUCCCUGCCUAUGCACCUCCUAUCCCUGCCUAUGCACCUCCUAUCCCUGCCUAUGCAUCUCCUUUCCCUACCUAUGCAUCUCCUUUCCCUACCUAUGCAUCUCUCUUCCUUGCCUUCACAUCACCCCUCCAUGCCCUCGCAACCAUCUCUCCCGCCUCCCCUACCUGCCUUCAAAACCCUUCUUUCACCUGCCAUAACUUUUCAUCCACUCCCAUCCCCUUCAAGCCCCUCCCAUCCCAUCCCCUUCCAGUCCCUCCCAUCCCAUUUCAAACCCUUCCAUUCCCCUUCCAGUCCCUCCCAUCCCAUUUCAAACCCUUCCAUUCCCCUUCCAGUCCCUCCCAUCCCAUUUCAAACCCUUCCAUUCCCCUUCCAGUCCCUCCCAUCCCAUUUCAAACCCUUCCAUUCCCCUUCCAGUCCCUCCCAUCCCAUUUCAAACCCUUUCAUUCCCCUUCCAGCCCCUCCCAUCCCAUCCCCUUACAGCCCCUCCCAUCCCCUUCCAGCCCCUCCCAUCCUUUGCAGGUGACGAGGAUAGGGUUGAAAAUGAUGAGGAUGAAUGUGACAUUGAGGGGUGCGAAAGAGAACGGGAAUUGCCCAUCGAGAUAG